AUGAAGCCAUCGUCCAUACUCUUGUUCGUUUCUGGGGCAUUCGCCCUUAAUCCAGUCCUCCCUGUCCGUAUUCCCAACAACACACUCGUCUCCGAACCCACAACAGACAUCGUAUCCGAUCCCCUGGCCAAACGCUGGACCUGCCCAUCGACCUGCUCCACCAAUAUCUGCUGCGAAAAUGGGUUGUGCGUCUGGUCCCUCAGCAACGUCUGCUGCGGAAGCUACUUCUGCAACUCUGGCGAGCACUGCUGCGGAACGGGGUGCAUGCCCAACGGCGCGGAGUGCUGUGGCGUACAGGGGUACUGUCCAUUGGGAGAGCGAUGCAUGACCGUCAACGGGAAACUGGGCUGCUGUCCCAAUGGGAAUUGCGCGCAGCAUAACACGAUAAAUUAUUACACGCAGACGGAGAAUCACUACACCACGGCCUACCACACGACGACCUAUACCGGGGUGGAGUGGACUUGGUAUUCGUGGACAGUGACAUGGACAUACUGGGUCACGUUUUACACGUACUACGCCCCUGUGACGGCUUCGAUUCGCACGUCGACUGUCACGACGACGUCGACGAUUGUUUCGGUGCAAGCGACGGCCGGGUCGGACGCUUCGUCCUCGUUCACGCGGCUCUCGGCUACGAUGAGCUUCUAUACGCCUGCUAGUGCGACGAACCCAGUAACCCCGACGAACGUUGCGACGGCCAGCAGCUUUCCGACUUUCGUUUCGGGGGGUGAUGGUAGCAGUAGUAGUAGUAACAGCAACGGUGGCAGUGGCGGUAACGGGGGUGGUGCCAUUUCGGUCAAUGGAGUCACGGGAGGUACUGGAGGUAAACCUAAUGCUGCAAAUGCAAACCGCAGACUUGGAUGGGAGACUGUGUUGUCUCUGUCCAUCGUGGUGGGAACCGGACUUCUGAUGAUAUGUCUCUGA